ACACGACACACAAUGGCGGACAGACAGACUCCAUUUUCUAUUAGCUUGUUCGGUAGUCAGGCAGGCGAUGGUCCUCAGGAUGCUGCUGCGCCCUCGCGGGUGCAGCAAGCCCUUGUCGAGUUUAUCAUGGAGUUUACACUCGACAACAUCUUCAUUUACAGAGAUCAAAUACGCGAAAAUGUACUCUUGAAGCAGUACUAUUGCGAUAUUGACGUUGCCCACCUUAUCAGCUACAGCCCUGAGCUUGCACAUGAUCUUAAACAAAACCCUGCUGAAAUUAUACCCCUUUUCGAAGCUGCUCUCAAGACAUGCACACAACGCAUCGUGUACCCCUCACAAAAGAACAUUUCGCUUCCCCAGCACCAGCUGCUUCUUCACUCCAACGCUUCGGAGCUUUCUAUCCGCGAUCUGACUGCCACGAAUGUUUCACAACUCGUCCGCAUUCCCGGUAUCAUUAUCGGUGCUUCCACACUCUCUUCCAAAUCCACAGCCCUAGCGAUUCGAUGCCGGAAUUGCCAGCACGAAGAGAUCCUACCUGUAGCAGGAGGGUUUGCAGGAGUCUCUCUUCCGAGAACGUGCAGUAGGAAAAAAGGCGAGGGUGAGCCUGGCGAACAAUGUCCGCUAGACCCAUACUAUGUCAUGCACGAGCGCUGCCAGUUCAUCGACCAGCAAGUGCUCAAGCUACAGGAAGCGCCCGACCAGGUUCCAGUUGGUGAACUGCCGCGACACAUCAUGAUCUCGGCCGACAGAUACCUAGCGAAUCGCGUUGUUCCCGGUACGCGAUGCUCUGUCAUGGGCAUCUUCUCCAUCUACCAGCAAAAGGGUUCCAAGCGUGCAGGAAACGCUGCCGUAGCCAUUCGCAAUCCGUACAUACGCGCUGUUGGUAUCCACGCAGAGGUAGAUCACGGAAGCAAGGGCAACGCCGUCUUUACUGAGGAGGAAGAGCAAGAAUUCCUGGAGAUGAGCCGGAGGCCGGACAUCUACGAAGUCUUUUCGCGCUGCAUUGCGCCCUCGAUCUACGGGAAUCAAGACAUCAAAAAAGCCAUUGCAUGCUUGCUGAUGGGUGGUUCAAAGAAGAUCCUACCUGAUGGAAUGAAGCUGCGUGGCGACAUCAACGUGCUACUACUUGGUGAUCCUGGUACCGCCAAAUCGCAAUUGCUAAAAUUCGUGGAGAAAGUAUCGCCAAUCGCUAUUUACACAUCUGGAAAGGGUUCCUCGGCCGCCGGUUUGACAGCUUCGGUUCAGCGUGAUCAUAACACACGCGAGUUCUACCUGGAGGGAGGUGCCAUGGUUCUAGCCGACGGCGGCGUGGUAUGUAUCGACGAGUUUGACAAGAUGCGCGAUGAAGACCGAGUAGCCAUUCACGAAGCCAUGGAGCAGCAAACAAUCUCUAUCGCCAAGGCCGGUAUUACCACGAUCCUCAACUCGCGAACGUCAGUACUGGCUGCUGCCAACCCCAUCUUCGGGCGCUACGACGACAUGAAGACACCGGGUGAAAACAUUGAUUUCCAAACCACCAUUCUGUCGCGUUUCGACAUGAUUUUCAUUGUGCGCGACGAGCACGACCGCGGCCGUGAUGAGCGGAUAGCAAAGCACGUGAUGGGCAUCGCCAUGGGCGGCCGCGGCGUGGAAGAGAAUAUCCAAGCCGAGAUACCCAUUGAGAAGAUGAAACGCUACAUCACGUACUGCAGGCAAAAGUGCGCGCCGCGUCUUUCGCCCGAGGCAGCGGAGAAACUAUCCAGCUACUUUGUGAGCAUCAGACGACAAGUGCACGCUUCCGAAAUGAACGCCAACCAACGAUCGAGCAUCCCCAUCACAGUGCGUCAACUCGAAGCCAUUAUCCGUAUCACCGAGUCGCUAGCCAAGCUUUCGCUAUCCCCCAUCGCAGACGAAUCACACGUCGACGAAGCCAUCCGUCUCUUCCUGGCAUCUACCAUGGACGCUGUGAACCAAGGCGAAGGCCAAAGCUCAAAGGAGCUCAUGGACGAAGUGAACAAAGUAGAAGAGGAACUCAGACGCCGUAUGCCCAUCGGCUGGCAGGUCAACCUUUCUACUCUCAAGCGCGAGAUGGUCGACGGGAAGGGCUACUCUGAACAGGCACUUGCGCGCGCAUUGCAUGUCAUGAAUGCGCGAGAGACCAUCAGGUGGAGACACGGAAAUAGCGUUGUCUUCAGAGCCAGUGCUUAGAAGUUUCUCGCAUCACCGGAUGCUUUGCUGGAGCUCUUCUGGCACCGAAUACCGACGUUCCAGGUGUUGGGGGCACGAGUGGGGCAUCUUUGGGGAAGGGGAGAUUGCACCCAGUGUAUGUGGAUGCGGUGCCAACCAUAGUACAACUAGUAGUUUCCAUCCCGCCGGGUUCAU